GAAAAAUACGUGAAUUUUACGUUUUUUCAGGACCUUUCUAUUUUUGGCAGUCGGUAUUUUUACUGGGGAACUAUUCGCGGUAGUAGUAAUAUAAUUUCCCCCAUUAGGAUUGAUUUCUAAUAUGAAUUUGGAGUUGUUAGAAUCCUUUGGACAGAAUUAUCCUGAAGAGUUUGAUGGAGCAUUAGACUGCAUCAGCAUCGCCAUAACUUGUGCAUUCAACCGACAUGGGACCAUCCUCGCUGUGGGCUGCAAUGAUGGCAGAAUUUUCCUCUGGGAUUUCCUGACCAGGGGAAUUGCCAAGAUAAUCUGUGCACACAUCCACCCUGUGUGCUCGUUGAGCUGGAGUCGAAGCGGUCACAAACUGUUCAGUGCUUCUACGGACAAUAGGGUAAAAAUGUGGGAAGUGCUUACCGGUGAAUGCCUGUUUGAAUAUCGGUUCCCGUCUCCUGUCCUUAAAGUGCAGUUUCACCCCAGGAAUGACAAUUUGGUGUUGGUUUGUCCCAUGAAGCAUCCUGCAAUACUCAUUCACACAGACCGAGAGGAUGAGCCGCACUCCCUGAUACCUUUGGAUGAUGAGGGUGAUGUGAACAUAGUUGGUUCGUUUGACCGUAAGGGAGCCCACGUUUAUACUGGCAAUGCUAAAGGAAAGAUUCUAGUGUAUUCUAUUCCUGAUUUGGUGCUCAAAGCCUCCUUUCGUGUAACCACCGGUACCUCAAACAGCACCUCCAUUAAAUCGAUAGAGUUUGCUCGGAGAGGAGACUGCUUCCUAGUCAAUGCGGCAGAUCGCAUUAUCCGUGUCUACAAAACGACUGAAGUUCUUUCUUGUGGGAAAGAUGGAGAGCCUGCUCCUAUUCAAAAACUGCAAGAUUUGGUGAACAAAAGUACAUGGAAGAAGUGCUGUUUUUCAGGGGAUGGCGAAUACAUUUGUGCAGGCUCCGCACGACAGCACUCUCUCUACAUUUGGGAGAAGAGUCACCUCGUCAAAAUCCUGCACGGGACCAAAGGAGAACUUUUACUUGAUGUCAUUUGGCAUCCAGUGAGGCCCAUAGUCGCUUCCAUAUCGAGCGGUCUGGUUUCAAUAUGGGCUCAACCACAAGUGGAAAACUGGAGUGCCUUUGCCCCAGACUUCAAAGAACUGGACGAAAAUGUUGAAUAUGAAGAGCGGGAGAGUGAGUUUGAUGUUGAAGAUGAAGACAAGAGCCCGGAGUUGAAUCCCCAGAAAGAAGAAGAUGAUGAAGUUGUAGAUGUGGUGAGUGUAGAGCCUAUUGCAGCAUUUUGCAGCAGUGAUGAGGAGGAGUCUAGAGAUCAGAGCAGUGCCCUCCUCUUUCUUCCAAUCACGCCUGAAAUAGAAGAUCCAGAAGAGGGGUGGGGUCCUGCCACAGACUUGACACCUGAAGAACCGCCUUCUGGGAAAAGGCCUCCAUCUGAGCCAGCAGGCUCCAAGAAAAAACGAACAAAAUUUGUUGACAUUGACUUACAGAAUGCCCCAAAAGAUGAAAUACAUCCUUUGCUGAAUGUCAAAUCUAAAGAAAAGGUGAACCCACCAGCCAAAAAAGUAGGCAAAGGCAAACAACCCAGAGUGUCUUCAGGUGACAAACCAGCUGGACGAACAAAGCAAGCCAGCAAACACAAAGAAAGGAGUGUCUUUACGUGAGAAAUCUGCUGGAGCAGUUAGACAAGUUGUCGAGCACAGAGAACAGCUAUGUGGUUUUCAAAAAACACUUGAUGGGGAGUAUGAAUUUUAUGCUAAAGAACUCAG